AUGACUGAGGGGAGAGAAACCCAAACAGGCAGAGAGGGAGAGCCUGCCAAGCAGAAUAGGCAGGGAGAUAGAGAGCAGCGGCUGAAAGUUCUUAAUUAUGAUUUUGGCAAGCCAUUAGGGCAUAAAUUGGUGACCAAGAAAAAGCUUCAUAAGUGCUCGAAGGAGGAGGCAGCAACCAGAGAACUGGGAGGGUUUGUCAAAGGGCUAGUCACAUAUUUGGUGGCCGAUGACUUGGUGAUUCAACCUAUGUCUACCAUCUCUUGCAUUAAUGUGCUUAAAAAGUUCAAUGCGAAAGAAGUGGGUUCUCUUGAGGAGAGGGUUGUUGAUUUAGGGAUGGAUGAGACCACCACGCACCAUCGACUGAGCAGACCACCACGAGGACCAAUGACUGAGCAGCCACUCCACCAGGAACCAGCGACUCCGGCGACUGAGCACAGUCUCCAGUCCAGUGAAGAGUUUGUGUAGGAGAGAGUUCUGUGAUAUGGUGGUUCUCUUUUUUCUUGACACAUAUUGUUCUUGGACUUUUUGCACCUCAUUGUACAACAAUCAAAAUGGGUUUGUUCAAAAUUUUGGAGGGUCAGGAAUAUACUAUCCAUUGCAGCAG